GAGGAAAUGGUCUUUGCUGGGGUGGGGGGAGGCUUUGUUAUUGAAUGGCCAAAGAGACCAAAGAGGGCUCCAGAUGUGCAACAGGAGGCAGAAAGCUUUGCAGGCGGAUCCCGAGGAGGUUUACUCACAACUAUGUGAAUAAGAGUAUCUUUCCGCAGUUGGAUGUGACCCAAGCAGAGGGAAAGGAGAUGGAAGAGCACAACUCAGGAGGACCUGGAACUGUCAAGAGAUCAAGGAAAGAUCCCCAUCCCAUUCAAGCAGGGAGUGGUACUGAAUUUUGGGAAAGAGCUGUGCCAGCCAUAGUUCAAGACAGCAUGGCUGCAGAUGUUCUCAGCCAUUGCUUCCGGCAGUUCCACUACAAUGAGGCUGAUGGACCCCGAGAGGUUUGCAGCCAGCUCCAUGGACUUUGCAGCCAGUGGCUGAAGCCAGAGAGGCACACCAAGAAGCAGAUCCUGGACCUGGUGAUCCUUGAGCAGUUCCUGACUAUCCUGCCCCAGGAAAUGCAGUGCUGGGUCAGAGGAUGUGGGCCAGAGACCAGUUCUCAGGCGGUGGCCCUGGCUGAAGGUUUCCUCUUGAGUCAGGCAGAGGAGAAGCAGGAGGCAGAUCAGACAUGGGGACCAGCAGUGAAGAAGGAAGCAAAGUUCUCUGAGGAAGAAGGAUCUCCCUCAGAGGGGCAGAGAGCUCAGGCCCAGGAGCAUGGCCAAGAUGGUCUCUCAUGUGGCAGUGGACAGGUGGUGUUCAGCCAUCAGCUUGUCAGAAGUGUGGAAACAGCUGCUGUACCUCCAGUCCAGUGUCCCUUUUCCUUUGAGGAGGUGGCCGUGUAUUUCACCGAGGCAGAGUGGGCCCUGCUGGAUCUGAGCCAAAGAGUUCUCUACAGGGAAGUCAUGCUGGAGAACUAUGGGAAUGUGGCCUCUCUGGAACGUGAUCAGAGGAACGAGAAGGAUGAGGAACUGCAUUGUCUAUUACAAGAUGAAGUUAAGACUGAAGACUUGAAAGGAAACUUCAGGAAUCAAGGCAGACCCAAGUGGCAGAAAGGAAGCCAUACUGUUGAGAAGAGGGUUCAACCCAUUUCUUCCCAAGGGGGGGAUUUCCAUGAACUUAUUCACAUGGUGGAAGAAACAUACAGGUGCUUAGAGUGUAGAAUGGACUUCUCAGAUCAAAGCCAAUAUAAUAUCCAUUUGCAAAUGCAUAGCAAAAAGAAGACGCAUCAAUGUGAGUGUGGAAAGAGAUUCCUUUGCAUAGCAGAGCUCCUUAAACAUCAACAAACACAUCCAGGAGAUAAACAUAGUCACUCAGAUUUUGUUGAGAUUUUCUCACAGAUAUCAGACCUUAUUAAACACCAAAGUAUUCAUUCAGGAGAGAAGCCAUUUAUCUACUCAGAGAGUGGAAUGACAUCCUCUAAUGGAAGACAGGGAAAUCUACACUUUUCAAGAAACAUUAUAACAAAGGCAUUUAAAUGCUUUCAGUGUGGAAGGUACUUUAAAUACAGAUCACAGCUGCUUGUUCACCAAAGAACCCACACAGAGGAGAAACCAUAUGAAUGCUCAGAAUGUGGAAAGAAAUUCAGUCAGAGCAGCCAUCUUCAAGAACAUCAAAGAUCCCACACAGGGGCGAAACCUUUUGAAUGCUCAGAGUGUGGAAAGAGAUUCAGUAAGAGUAAUAAUCUUCUACAGCAUCAAAGAACUCACACUGGGGAGAAACCUUUUGAGUGCUCAGAGUGUGGAAAGAGAUUCAGUGGAACUUGUAGGCUUCGAAAGCACCUACGAGUCCACACAGGGGAGAAACCUUUUGAAUGCUUAGAGUGUGGGAAGAGGUUCAGUGAAAGUGGUAAUCUUCAACAACAUCAAAGAAUUCACACAGGGGAAAAACCUUUUGAAUGCUCAGAGUGUGGGAAGAAAUUCAAUCAGAGAAGCCAUCUUCAAGAACAUCAGAGAACCCACACAGGGAUGAAACCUUUUGAAUGUUCAGAGUGUGAAAAGAAAUUCAGUAAGAGUUACAGUCUUCAACAGCAUCUAAGAUCUCACACAGGGGAGAAGCCUUUUGAAUCUUCGGAAUGUGAAAAGGGAUUCAGUAAGAGUGGUGGUCUCCUACUUCAUCAAAGAAUCUACACAGGGGAGAAACCCUUUGAAUGCUCAGAAUGUGGAAAGAGAUUCAGUAAGAGUAACAAUCUUCUUCAGCAUCAAAGAACUCACACAGGGGAAAAACCUUUUAAAUGCUCAGAAUGUGGAAAGAGGUUCAGUAAGAGUGGUAGUCUCCUAGUACAUCAAAGAACCCACACAGGGGAGAAACCCUUUGAAUGUUUAGAGUGUGGAAAGACAUUCAGUCGGAACAGCCAUCUUCACAACCACUUAAGAAUCCACACAGGAGAGAAGCCUUUUGAAUGCUCAGAGUGUGGAAAGAAAUUCAGCCAGAGUGGUGAUCUCCGACUGCAUCAGAGAACCCACACAGGGGAGAAACCUUUUGAGUGCUCAGAAUGUGGAAAGAGAUUCAGUAAGAGUGGCCAUCUUCAACGUCAUCAAAGAACCCACACUGGAGAGAAACCCUUUGAAUGUUCAGAGUGUGGAAAGAGAUUCAGUCAGAGCAGCCAUCUUCACAACCAUUUAAGAACCCACACAGGUGAGAAACUUUUUGAAUGUUCAGAGUGUAGAAAGAAAUUCAGGCAGCUUCACAGUUUUCAACAACAUCAAAAACUCCAUAUAGGAGAAAUAAUUUGAGUACUACUAGUGUGGGAAGAGAUUCUAUCAGCAUCAUCAAGGAGCCCACAGAGGUGAUAAACCUUUUGAAUGUUCAGCAUGUAGGAAGAGAUUUGGUCAGAUUGGCCAUUGCAACAGCAUCUAAGAACCCAAACGGGAGGAACCUUUUGAGGGUUCAGAGUGCCAAAAUAACUUUUGUCAAGGUUGUGACUUUCAAUGUUCCUAAGAACUUACACAAAUGAGAAACUCUCAUGAGAACAACAUUCAGAACUCUUUAUACAGAUGUUGCUUUAAGAAUUACUGAAUAAUAAUUACAUUAUUAAAAAAUCUCUACUGAAUCUUAGGGUUUCCAAGUUUCUGUCACAGACACUUGACCCAAACAAGUGAUAAUCAGAGCUUAUCUUUCUUACUGAGCUAGAUGUUACACUACUUUUAAAACAAAACCACAUGGUGAGUGCUUAGGAAAAACCCUAGUCUUGCAUGCACUGUAUUUAAUAGCACUUUUCAUUAUGAAGUUCAUUCUGGGAGAACAUUAUACACAUGUGUUUGUUCACAUGGGCUUUGGAUGUAGGGUGUCUCCACAUAUUCGUUACAACAAAUAAAGAUACAAAACUGUGGGGUAAUACUCCACAAUAUCCUUUUACCUCCAUAUCCACUGAUGAUGGCCAGAGACUCUAAAAACAUGCUGAAUGUCACAGACUGGGAAAAUAUAGAUUUACUUUUAUUCAGCUUCCAGAACAUCACAAGGAAGAGUUCAAAGUCGUUUCAUUCUUUUACAGUUUAAAAAAAUUAUGAACUGCACAACAGGACUGAAACCUGUGCAGUUUUAAGAUCUUUUAAGUUUCAGCUGGAUGGAUGUGUCACUGUUAACAAUUAACAACAGGCAGUGAACUCUUCCCCCCCCCAACCCUACACUAGACUGGUAUCUUCAGGUUCCCCUUAGACGUUGAUUAAAUUGAACAAUGAACCCCUGCAGCCAAAAAAUAGCAUGUGGUUCUGAAUGCUUUCUAUUUUGGGCAGGACCACGGAAUGUCUAGCUCACACAGCAAAAAUUGAUUUUCCAUGCCACCCCAAAAUGAAACAGUGUUGCUUGGCAUUGCCCACCUUGCAGGGUCAAUGUAGCCAAAAUAUCUGACAUUCCAUCUUCUUAGAUACAGACAUUCCAACUUCUUAGAUUCUUACUGGCUUGCAGAAUCUAUAUAACACCAUGUAACUUUUUACUAUCAUUCCUAUAUAGGGAUUGUAUAUUACUAGUAAAAUUACUUUACACCAUGGCAAAGUCCCAAUGAGCAUGUAUUUGUUUGAAUUUCUCAACAAUGGUUAUAGUGAGUUUGCCCCUUCCAUAAUUUGAAAUCUGUAUCUAGAUGCUCAGAAGUUCUCCCUAGCUAUGGUUAAGCCUCAGAUUACAUAUGAAGAGUCUGUUUACAUGGAAUUUAGGCUGUUAUCAAGCUACACAAUAGCAAGACACUACAAGAUCUCGAUCCAGCAUGAGCAAAAAUUAGCAACUAAUGUGCAAUGGUGCCUUUAUGGUACAGCCUCUUUCCUUGUGAAUGGAUUUUUAGUUGUGUUGUGCAUGAAUCCUACCAGGUAGGGCUUUCCCGCAUGGUUACGUAAACACUUUUUUCCUGUUGAGUGUUCUGUCAUAGAGCACAAACAUCCACAGCCUGAAACAGCAAGAGGCCAAGCAUCACUUGCAAACGUUUGUUUCCUUUGUUUAUAGAGACAUCUGCGUUUUACAACAUAAUAGUAUUUGUAUACAUUGUACCUUACCAUGAAUAAAUUGAAGCAGUUAUAGAAAA